AGUGUAGUUACAUUAUACAUAAUUCAAUUGUGUACAAUAUAUUCCUUACCGUUUUGAAUUGAGCAACUUGCUAACGAAGUUCUGUGUCUAGCUUUCUAUAGAUCAGUGUAAGGCGUUUGCAGUAGGUGCGCGAGUUAUGCAGUUGAGGUGGUGAUGUAUGAAAUUGUUUACAAGAUACGCUGGUUCCUAUUCCAAGUCGGAGAGGACGUAUUUGUGCCCCGUGUUACACAGCUCAGUGAAUACAGGAAUGCAGUGCUCGUUAGAGGUGUUCGAGUGAUGAGUGCGGUAAUAUCUCUGUCUGCCUGAAGUGACUAACUUGAUAGUGAUCCGCUGUGGUUAAAUAAGGUGUAGUGCUGAUAUUUUUUGUUAAGAUGUCCUUGCGGUGAAAGUGAAGUACCAUCGGUCGGAGCCACCAUGGCGUCGUAGACAAAGAUCCUGAUAGAUAGCUGCGGUGUGAUCGUGAGAGGUCGCGAUGGGCGCGCCGGGCGUGACGGACGAAUACUCGCCGCCGCGUCUCUCGCGGAUGCUGCACGCCUUGCCGCAUAUCAACGUCACCCUGCAUCGCGUCAAUGAUACCUUCGCACCUAAUUCUCCUGUAUACCUUGAGAGCUUGGGAAUCCUCGGCUCCAUACCUGGUGCCUGGCUGAUCCUGACGUUGACUGUGCUCCUCAUAUACCUGCUCACAAGAUGCUGCGACAGAAAGCAGCGCCCACCCAGAAGUAUCACCGCUUUAAAGAUUACGCUCAUGAUCCUAUCAGUCCUCUGCUGCGGGGCUAUCGGCGUGGGUCUGUUCGGUAACGAUGACCUGCACAAUGCCAUGCUGCAGAGCAUCCAGGCUGGAAACCAGCUGGCUGCACUCGUCAACACGGUUAAGAACCAGUCGAGCAUCCUAGAAGAAGCGAUGGGCUCCCGAGCCCGCGCUCCACUAGCCAGACUAGCAGAUGCCCUGGACGCGCCCGUGGCCAACCAGACGGCUUUGGGCACGCUACUCCGAGCCCUCUCAGCCCUCCGGAACAACGCCAGCGCCGCAGCAUCGGCCGCCGACAACCUCCGGCGACCUCUUGCUGCACUCAACCUCGAUGCCUUUAUGAAGCGUGCGUGGGUGUGGGAGGCGGCGCGCUGGGCGGGCGGCAUGGCGGGCUGGUGCUGCGGCGGCGCCGUCUGCGUCGCGCUGCUGGCCGCCGCCGCACGACGCUCGCGACGCGCCUUGUUGCUGCUCUGCGUGGGUGCGCUGGGCGCGCUGGUGGUGUGUUGGCUGGCGGGCGCGGUGCUGGCGGCCGCGGCCGUGGCGGCGGCCGACGCCUGCCAGGAGCCCGCUGCUGCACUGGCGCAUCAUGCCCCGCAUAACCUGCCGCAAGACAUGGUGCAUUACUACCUGUCGUGCAAGGUGUCCCGAGAGAACGUGCUGACCGCUGAACUAAGGAACGCGCAGCGAGCCGUGGUGGCCGUGCGACAGGCUCUGGCUGUACUGGCCCGGGGAGCGCCGCAACUGUUCAAUGAUCCUGGGCUGCAGCCGGCGCUGGGCGCGCUGGGCGCGGGCACGGGCGAGGCGGAGCGCGCGCUCGUGGCGCUCAGCGGCGCGCUCGAGUGUCGCAUGGCGCGCGCGUACUUCGUCGCCGCCGCCAGGGCCGCCUGCGACGCUGGACUACAGGCAUUAUCACUCCAGCUACUAGCGGCGGUUGCAGCGGGCUUCCUAUUCACUGCCAUAGUACUAGUGGACUCGCACGCGUGGAUAUACAUCAACACGAAACGCAGCGGCGGCGGCGAGGAGCAGGCGCCGUUCCUGUCGAGCGGCGCGUCCAGCCAGGCCAGCCGCACGCUGCCGCGCCCCGCGCCCUACAACAACGGCAAGCCGCCCUCCUACGGCGCCGCCGUGCAGCUCAUGGACCUCGAGCGACCCAGCCCGGGCAAGCCACCUUCCUACGGCGCUGAUGUGCACCUCAUGGACUUCGACAAACCAAGGUCGCGCAUGUCGGGCAGUGCCACGCUGGGGCGCGGCGCCGGGGGCGCGGGCGCCGCCGCAGCACUCGGCGGGGCGCACACGCUGGGCCGCGCGCCCCACAACGGCAAGUACGCCACGCUCAGCAAGCAGUGCAAGACGCUCGAGAGCAGUGACUUCUACUGAGACCGGCCCGGCGGCGCGCACCCUCCCGAACAUAACGCAGGUCAAUCGGGGCGCUCGACAAGUCUGAACCGCUUCGAUCCCAAGUACGCGUCGUUCGGGCCGCGCGCGCCGCGGCCGCGGCCCGCCGCCGCCGCCGUGUCGCUGGGCACGUUCUCGGCCCCGCACGGGCCGCCCGCCGCCGACAAGUACGCCACGGUGCGGCCCGCGCGCAAGCACGAGCCGCAGCCGCUGUCGGCCGCCGCGCUGGAGUACCGCUCGCUGCAGCGCCCGCGCCGCGCCAACCUGCCCGCGCACUCCACGCACACCGCGCACCGCCGCCGCCAGGACCGACCCGAGCGCCCCGACCGCUCCGAGCGCCCGGACCGCCCGGACCGCCCCGAGCGCCCCGAGCGCGCCGAGCGCCCAGAGCGCCCAGAGCGCGCCGAGCGCCCCGACCGGUCGGAGCGUGCCGACCGCAUCCACCCGCCGCACCAGGACACCCGCGACCUGUACGCGGUCACGGAACUCUAGGGACGACCGCGCGCCUCCUUAACUCCUCUGGACGUGUUCCUAUGACGCAGGUGCCGCGCUACUUCCCCCCCAGUGCACCCCUGACGGCUUACAAGGACGUUAUUGUGUAACCCUCAGUGCUCCCCGACUUACGAAGUUAGUGACUAUAUCGACACUCGUCGUUUCGCUAUGAAAAUCAUAACGGAAACAGAGUGAUUAUAAACCUGAAUAAGUUUAUGGACAAGUGACAUGAUGUUCUCACAAAUGUUUAAACAAUAAGGACGUUACAGAUCGUAUUUCGAUUGCUUUUACGAAAGAAGUGAUUCGUUGAAAGAAUCGCUUCACUAAACAUUCUGUCAGCAGAUGUUUCGAAUGAACGAAUAGAUUCUACCAGUGCGUGAUUGCUCAAAGUCUUUGUAAUUUAUUGUGAAUACUGGUCUAAUAUUUAUGUUGAAAUAUUUUGACGAAAGUUUUUAUUAAUUGCUGUCUCGAAUUUUUGUAGUGAAUCAUUUUAGCACAAAUAUUUAGGUAACGUUACAACCGUAACUACUCUCUAAAGUCAUCGUCUAAGUAAGGCCUAUUUUUUUUUAAUAUCUUUUAUUGCGGAUGUCUAAAGUUUGAAUCGGCGUAACGUUUUCAUCGUUAAAGUGGACGCGAACAGCGGCGGCUUAUUUAAAUAUUAAUUUAUCAGUUUGUAUCAUAAAGUCUAAGAAGGCUGUGUUAGCAAAAUAUGUUAACGACCAAUAUUUUAUAUCAAUUUUGUUGAUAACUUUCAAGUUAAAGUUUAUAGUGACGACUGCUGUGUCAUCAGAGACUACGUAUGUUUUUGGACUCGGGUUUUCGCUCAAUAUAGUUUUAAGUAAAUAACUGGCUAUGGUCUAACUUCGGAACUGUUAGAGUUAAAGUUUACUGAAGCUUUUAGCGCUAACUAUAGGACAAAAUUGCCAAAUUAUUGAAAGCAACUAAAUAUUAUUUUGGCGUGUUUCUACUAAAUUUUAAUAAUGGUAGACGGCUCGGAGCCCGACAGUAGACGUUUUAUUGCAUUGUAUAUCUCUAAAUAAAUUAAGCGUGUACAUAAUAUUACCAGUAGCGUGUAACUUAAGUUCGCCCUCUUGUGGUGUUCCACACUAUAUAAAUUAUAACAUUUCUCGACUAAAAAUUCUUAUUAUUAUUUGAAUGAAUCUGGAAUCUCUGCCGGGUAAUAGUUAUAAAAAUUAUUUAGCUUUCAUAUUUAUGGCUCAAAAUUAAACUGAUUUAAAUUGCGUGGACCUAAUGUAAAUAUAAGUUAGGGCUAUUAUUUAAUUUAAAAUUUGAAUAAAAACUUAUUUUAUUUACAGCUAAUACACUAAUAAACUAAUUGUAAAUAAAAUAAUAAUCAAUAAGCAUUCCAUCGUGUGUGACCUAGUAAGAAGUGGAAUUGGUAGAUGCGAUAAACAAAAAAAUGUAUUAACUAUUUGUAAAUAAGGUGCAAAUCUUAACUGCCAUUCGUGGACAAAGAAUUAACCUGACAGUUUGUCUAUAAAACGUUUAGUUAUAAAUUAAAACGAAGGUACUGCCCUGCUAUGACACCAGAACUUGUAACUAUAAAUCGUUUAUUCAAGGAAUGUUUUCUUGAAAAUAAUCUGACUGAAAAUAAAAUGUCUGUUUUCUCUAAUCCUAAAAUACGUUUGGAAACAGCACAUGACAUGUCACAGAUAAUUUUCAAGAAAAUAUUUCCGAGGAAAACUUAUUAGCUGUAUCUAUUAAAUUAUGUAGAUUAAGUAAGAAUGGUACCAUUUAAUUGUAUGAAGCGAACAGUUUUGUAUCUCAGUAUUAAAAAUAGGGAAUUUUGUGAGACUUUACAACGACGUUCGUACGGUUUUUAUGAUCAAAAUGUAUCUUUAAGUUUCUCAAAUUUCACGGUACCAUAAGCAGUGUAUUCGCCAAAGAUAAAGCAUAAUUUAACUUAAGUUUAGUAAGGUCUAGUUAGUGAUAAGGUUCAUGUUUGUACAGCAGAAAGUUACUCAUCGUCAAUAUCAUAGUUAUCUUCGUUCGGUCCCAGUAGCCUCAAGAUUAUAUAAUUAAGUUAUUUAAGGCCAAUGAAAUAAUAGAGCCAUAGCUUUCAGAAUCCUCAACGUAGUCAUUGGGAUCGGACCGGAGAGGACGGCUGUUAAUAAUUGUGAUUAUUUCCUCGUCUGAAUGGUGUAAACGAAUAAAAUGCUAUACAGUCACUUUUGAGACUACGAAAUUUUUAUAUCUCUUUUUUACGACGUAAAAAUGUGGUGUCGUAAUGUGACGUGACUCGCUAUAGUGUGUAUAUUUGGAACGAAGUGAAUAAAAUAUGCAAUAACAAAAAUAUAAUAUCUACUACAUUGUAAGAAUACACAAUUUUUCAAUGUAAUUACUGCACACUAUUUAUAAUCGUAAAUAAUAACACAUAGACAGUUGUAAUAUAAAUGUUACGGUUCUUACGAGGUGAUUUCUGACCGGGCAAUGUAUCCGAACGUUGAAUGAUUCGCGCGGGAAAUUAACCAACAUGGCGUUUUGUUAACAAAUCCGGGAAUAGAAGUUGCUUCAGUUGUUUCGAGUUGGAAAGCUUGUUUGAAUUUAUUUUGCCUACAAUAACAUAAAGUUACCGUAGAUUGGUAAUUAUAUUUACCUAAAUAGGAAGAUUAAUGCGAAAGUAAGGAACGCGAAAUUUCUAAUAUUAGCCUUUUAUUUAUAUAAGAAUGUCAAUGAGCAUCAAUUAAGAUAAGGUUAGGAAGUUUGGUUCUGCAUUUUCGCAGUAGGUUCGCUAAGUCAUUGCUAAAUAACUAUUCAGAAGGAAUGUAAAAUUGAAUUUUUAUUGAUAAAUUGUUCUGUGUGUAUUUUGUAAAGAAUCUGUUUGAUGUUCCCUUUAUAACACAAAGUGCCAUAAUUUAUGUUGUUAAUACAAAUACCUACGAGUGAUUAUUUUGCAGCAUUUCCGAAAGGGAAUAAAUAAAUAUUGGUAUUUUUGAAUAUAGAAUUUACAUGUUUUUGUUUUUAAAUAUUUUGAAAAAUCUCGCUUUAUUGAUUGUUUUGCUUUUUCAAGUCAAUUAUGGUGCGCCCGAGUAUGUUAAACGUAAAGUAAAUGCAUUUGAUGCUCCAUACAUUGUGAGAGACGAAGUUUUACAUCUAAUAGUUACCUAAUUAUGAACAUUUAAUAUUGAACCUAUUAACAGUUUUUGUUUAUUGUGAAGAAAAAAAAGAAAAACAAUAAUUAUGUCUUCUGUGAGCACAGUACUCUAGUUAAUUUCGAUGUAAUAAUAAUCAUUUACCACUAAUUAUUUUUGUGUGUUUUCUUUAGAGCUAAAAAUGUCACCGUUAAUUUUAAAGAUGGCCGCCGUCUCUCACAAUGUUUGGAGUGUUUUAGUAUUUAAGUCUCAUCUCGUGAUGUAUGACGUGUAUAACGUAAAUUAUAAACGGUUGAUGAUAGAACAAGUGUAUGAGUUUACAAUGAAAAUAAUAAAUGGAUUAAAAAUA